AUGGGUUGCGCCUCAUCCAAGAGAAUCGAAGCCGACGUCGUCGACGUCUACCGCCCACCCCCCUCCAGCUUCGCUGUCUUCGACGUCACCUCCAUCGAGGAGCCAUGGCUCAAAUCCGCCGCCGCCCCCGACGGCGACUCAAACAACGGCAAGCCCUCCCCCGUGCCUAACCCCAUCCUAGAGAAGCUCAACGCCAUUGAAGACGCACCCCGCUCGUGGAACGAGGUCAGCAAGGCCCUGGAGGACCUCAAGCCCAACCUCAAAGCUGCCGCGGCCCUCCCGCCUCCGCCGCCGCCGGAUUCCAGCCCGAAUAAAGCCCCCGCCGCCUCUCCCUCCGCCAAUCGGAGAACCCCCCGGAAGAGCUUCUCCUUCCACACCCUCGAGGAGCUCGAAUCCAAAAUCUCCCCCCAAAAAACCCCCGAGUCAGGAAACCGAGUCGACGCGGCCCUGAAGCCCGAGUUAAGACGAUUCCACUCGACCCGUACCGAGUCGAAAACCAACCCCAACUCGUCUGAAGCGGCGCCCAAAUCCAUAAAGGACAACAUAUUCAUCCUGAGGGACAGGGAGGAGCGAGCCAAAGAGGGCAAAUCGGGCGGACCCGCGCGCUGGGACCCGCUGGCCGACUUUCCUGAGAUAUGCCCGCCGGGCGGCGCCGCCUCGGUGGUGAUGUACACGACGUCCCUGGGCGGCGUGCGGCGGACCCACGAGGACUGCAUCCGUUUGCGUCAGGUGAUGGAGGCCCACCAUGUGGCGUUCGACGAGCGGGACGUGGCCCUCGACGGCGGCUACCUGGCGGAGCUCCGGGGGCUUCUGGGCAGUGACGUGUCCCUUCCGAGGGUGUUUGUGAAGGGGCGGUACUUGGGUGGAGCGGAGGAGGUGGUGGACCUGAAUGAGACGGGCCGUUUGGCCCGAAUUCUGGCUUGGGCCCGGGUGGAGAGGGGGCCCGGGAGAUUGGGCUGCGGGGGUUGCGGUGGGGCCCGGUUCGUGCCGUGCCUGGCGUGCAGUGGAAGCUGCAGAGUUGUUGGGGAGGAUGGAUCCAAGGAGAGGUGUGGGGAGUGUAAUGAGAAUGGUUUGGUUCACUGUCUGGCAUGCGUUUGA